CUGAACCAUCUGUGACCCCAGGCGCUGUGUUUCGUUUUUGGUAGCUUUUCUUGGGCCUCCCCCAAAGCGCACACAGAGAGUGCUAGGGACCUCGGAAGAUUCCCUCAACAUGCCCAAGCCUGUGGGUAUCCGGCAGCAAAGCAACGUUUUCCUAUGUCACCAAGCUCUGUUGGAGCGUGAAAGCCUGAGGAUAUUGUUAGAUCGGAGCGCCCCAGGUGAAGUUCACCUGCUGAGGUUUCCAGGAAGAAAGCAGAAUAGCUGCAUUUCACCUCCACCCCCACCAGCCUGACCUGGACUGUGAGAUAAACUCUCCCAAUGGCUAUGUGGUGAGCACAAGGUCCUAACCCAGCGGGGCAAGGAAAGGCCCACAGCCGAGCCUGGCAAGAUGGUCUCACAGUCUUCGGGCCGGCAGGAUUCUCCCAUGAGCGCUUGGGAAGGCAUCAGCCAUGACUCCGGUGAUGCUGAGGUUUCGCCCAGCCUCUCAUACACUGACCACUGCCCUCGCCAAUCAGAGGUCAGGUUCAGGAGGCCCAAAGCUGCCUGGAUUAACCCCCAGUGUGCACAGCAACAGCUGCAAGACUCACCCCCCCAGGUGCUAACAGCAGCAGAUGCUGCCGCUCCCUUGGCCUCUUCACCGACGUCCCUUGGCCCCUCGGUGGCGAAGACAUCACUGACAAAGGACGCUGUGGGCUCCCUGCGCAGCUGCUUCGUCUGUGACUCGGGUGAACAGAACAGCGACUCCUCUUUGACCUCAAUAGAAGAGCGGCCAGAGCUUCUGGGACACACUCCGCACACGCCUCCGCUCGCUCGCCCCAAGAUUUUGGUCACGUGCCCACGCCCUGAGGCUGGCCGUGCUUGGCUGCAGCCCGCCCACCAGGCAACUUCCACAGAGGACGGUGCCAUUCAAGUCUGUGGAAGAAACAUUUCUUUGAAUUCCUUCUCACCAGAGGCUUUUGUGCUCCCUGUUGAUGUAGAAAAGGAAAAUGCACACUUUUAUGUUGCAGAUAUGCUUAUAUCUGCCAUGGAGAAAAUGAAGUAUAAUCUCCUGAGUCAACAGCACACAGAGAACUGGAGUAUGGACGAAGUCAGUGGACCACUUGCGAAUCAGGCUGACGCUGAAGUGACCUUUUCUACCAACAUAAAACAAGAAUCUGGGUCAUCUGCUUCUUCAGACAGUGGCUAUGAAGGUUGUGCUGUAUUACACGUCAGUCCUGUGGUUGAAACACCUGCUUACUAUGAUGUAAUGAAAGAGACCUGCAAGUAUGACUUGGAUGAAUUUGUUAUUGCAGAACUUGGAGAGUUUAGCAACACAACAGAAAACUGUGGAUGUUCACACAGCCCCUCUAAGAGUGUCAUUUGUGAGCCAAACUUCAAUUCUGCGGAGCUAAUAGCCAAAGAGCUGUACAGAGUGUUCCGCAAGUGCUGGAUAUCAUCAGAAGUUAAUUAUCGGUUGGCAGGUUCUCUCAAUGCAGCUGGCUCAGUAGUUGUAAGUGAAGAGAAUAUGCAAAAAGACCUUGAAUCUAGUGUGAAUGUGGUGCAGGAAAUUAAAUUUAAGUCGAGGAUCAGAGGAACUGAAGACUGGGCACCUCCUAGGUUUCAAAUCAUACUUAACAUUCACCCACCACUCAAGAGGGACCUUGUGAUAGCAGCCCAGAAUUUUUUCUGUGCCGGCUGUGGAACUCCAGUAGAACCUAAGUUUGUGAAGCGGCUCAGGUAUUGUGAGUACCUGGGUAAGUAUUUCUGUGACUGCUGCCACACCUCCAUGGAGUCUUGCAUCCCGGCCCGCAUGCUGAUGGCGUGGGACUUCAAGAAAUACUAUGUCAGCAACUUCUCCAAAUGGCUGUUGGAUAGCAUUUGGCACCAGCCUGUUUUCAACUUGUUGAACAUCAACCGCAGCCUGUAUGCUAAGGCCAAGGAGCUGGACAGACUGAGGGAUACCCAGGAGCAGCUUUUCCAUAUCAAGAAGCUGUUGAAGACCUGCAGGUUUGCUGAAAGUGCAUUAAAGGAGUUUGAACAGGUGCCCAGACACUUAACGGAUGAGCUCCACCUGUUUUCCCUGGAGGAUCUGGUCAGAGUCAAGAAGGGGCUGCUGGCACCUUCGCUCAAGGACAUUCUGAAAGCAUCCCUUGCCCACGUGGCCAGCUGCGAGCUGUGUCAAGGAAAGGGCUUCAUCUGUGAAUUUUGCCGGAGUACAGCUGUCAUCUUUCCAUUUCAGACCUCAACGUGUAAAAGAUGUUCAGCCUGCAGAGCUUGCUUUCACAAGCAGUGUUUCCAGUCCUCCGAGUGCCCCCGGUGUUCAAGGAUCAAAGCAAGAAGAAAACUUUUGGAAAGCUUGCCCUCUGCAGCAACAUGAUGUUCUUGAAGAGUGUGAAAAAGAUUGUUCAACCCGCCUUGUGAUAAC